CCGAAAUGCCUCUACUUUUUCUGUUGGGUUCGAUACGAGGCUCUCUAAUCGAUUCGCUGCGACACGACUUGAAUGUGGUUUACAAAAGCGCCUUUCAAUUUCAAUUUCGCGAACCGGACACCACGGAUAUUCAGCAAAUGGACAAUAAUGAUGAGCAGGGAGGCGGCGCCGAUGGCAGCGGCAGUGCUGGAGGUGGAGGUGGAGGCGGAGGCGGUGCUGGGGAUGCCGGGGAGGAUAUUUCAAGCGAGGCUAAGGAAUCGGGCCCCGGUCUAUUGGAGCUAUCCAAACCAUCGGAAUUUCGUUUGAAAGCGCUUAAACAACAAAAAAAGCAAAAGGCAAUGGAAGCGCAGGCCAAGAAGAUGCAGGCGGCCAAAAUGGCGGAAACUCAAGAGACCCAAGCCGAAGCAGACGAAGAAGAAGAGGCUCAGCCUGUGGCCAUGGAUAUAAUAUCAUCCUCCGAGGAAGAGGUGGAACAGAAGCCUGAAAAGCUGACCAUCGGCGAGCGCUGGGAUAAGCUGCUGAACGAGACCAAGGCCAAGGUGGCGGCAGAGCAUGCUGCCGAAGAGGCAACACAACCAAAGAUUAUGCCAAUCCAGCGUCGACUGCUUAAGGAGAUGGAGGAGUUCGAUAAUGAAAUUGUCUGGACUAUUAAUCAUAUUGUGUGGGCCUUUAAUCUUCCCACUUCGUAUGUUCAACCCGAUCAGGAGGAGACUGAAUUCGAAGAAGCCAUUAUUCGUGUGCCUCUGGAUCCCAAGAAAAUAGAUCUGAUUCCCACAUACACACAAGUACAGCUAGAAGAUGUUGUCGAUGGAUGGAUAAAGUAUCUGAUAAAGACAAUGAAGUCGUUGAAGGACAGCAAACUGGAUGAGUUCACUCCAAUGGCUGAAUAUCGUUAUUGGCACAAAAUGGAAAUCGAUCUCUAUGGCACGCUGGAACAACUUAAGACAGAAUUUGUGAUGACUGUGCUUAAUCGCUUGACGGCCAAUGGAUCAAAGGUGCUUCCCGAGUGGAACAAUGUGUUGAGCAAAACCGAGGAGCGUUUCAAGCUGGCUAAGGAGAAUUCUGACUAUUUGGGAACCAUCAAAGACUACUUGGAGAAAAUACGGAACUACGAUAGCUUUAAAAUGUCGGUGCUGCAGAUACCCAAUGUCAUGGUCGGGUUGCGUCACAUUUGGACAAUGUCCAGCUACUAUUGUCGCGAUCCGGAAAUGCAGGUACUACUUUGCGAGAUAUCCAAUGUUUUCGUGCAGAAAGUGAAGAAGAUCAUCAACUUUGACAACAUUUUCCGAUAUUCUGCCACCUACACGUAUGAGACGGCCAACAAUUGUGCCAACCUUUUGCGUUGCUGGAAACAAGCCUAUAAGAUAAGUCGUCAGCAUAUUGAGGAAUCUGGAGCUGGAUCGCGCUGGGAAUUCGAUAGCACUAAGCUCUUUAAUGAGGUGAAUCACAUUUAUCGUGUGGCUGUGGAUAUUGCAUAUGUUGGACGUGUUUUCAUUCAAUAUGAGAACUUGUUUGGCCACAAUCUAAAGGCCCUGAUUACCGAUCCUGCUAUUGUGGAUAAUCUUAUGCGAAAGAUUUAUCGUUUACUGGAUGAUCUCAUACGCACCGUAGACUAUGAUAUGUUCUUGCCCAGCAAUUGGGAGAACUGGGAGUACUCACUGGAGCAAUUCAAUAAACACCUCGAGAUGCUGGAAAUGGAAGCCAAAACAGUUAUCGAUCAGAGCAUUAAUUCUCUACUUUCAGCUGACAAGGGCAUUAAAUUGUUAACCAAUGCAAAUGCUAUUGAUACCCGGAAGACCUUACAGGAGUUUGUUGCCUCCAAACAUGAGAAUUUAUUGAGAUUCUUUAUCAGCGAGAUCAACAACGUAGAAACAGAAUUCACGAACAAUAAGAAGACGCCACCUAUGCCCCGACUUCAGCCAUCUAAAAUAAGCGCUGUUGGCUGGGUUCGAUCGCUGGGUAAAAGACUGAAGAACUCUGUGAUGGCCUUCAAAAGUCUGGAAAAUGACCCGGCAAUGGAAAACAGUUUUCUGAAGCGAAGCGCUUUUAAGCAAUAUUUUGAGCUAAUGACAGUUCUGUUUCAGUUCGAGAAGAUGCUGUUUGAGAAAUACAUGCAGAAUGCAACCUUUAUAAUAAAUCACACCAAUCGAUCUAACAUACUGAACAUUCAAAUAUGCAAGGAAGAUACGAUGACCUACAUAUCGGAAGCCUCGCAAAAUCUUAGAAUUAAGAGUCGUGGCGGCUCAAUAGCUGCGGCGAAUCCAUCAACCGUCGGAGCGAGUCAAAUGAUUAGCCUCGCGGAAGUUUCAUCCGAUCAAAAUGUUAGUCCAGCAUUGAGCUUUAUGGAAGAAGACGAAGAGGAGGAUGUAGAACAAAAUGCUGUUGAUGCCACAAACAUAGGAUUUUUAUGUAAAAUAAACAGGUUCACAGUGUUGACCGCGAUGAUUAUGUGGAUGGUCGGCAAAACACGGCAUGCAAAUCAGCAGCUGAACAAAGCCAUUGCAUUUUUAAAUGUCAUCAAAGAGAAGAAAGCUAAGGAUAUUUCGCCAAGAGAUCGAGAGUGUAUACAAAUUUGUGAAUUGCUAUGCCGCGCGAGCUCACAGAAAAAACUGCCGAUUUGGAAAGAAAUUGUCGGCGACAAAGUGCUGAUCGAAUACGACACGAACUUCGUGGUUAAUUUAAAUCGUGAGGUUUUCGAUACGAUGUUUGAGGGACAACUCUUUGAGCAUUUGGGAUUCACCUUGCCCACUGUGCUGCGUACGGCGAUUAUGAAAAAGGAGCAUCUUUUCAAGGACUACGAAAAGCUCUCGGAGGUCAUUAAUCGAUACAAUGGGAUUAUUGGCAAUUUGUCAAUGUCGGAGGUGGUAUUCCUCCGUGAACAUAUCUAUGACACGGAACUGUUCAUACAGAUGGGCGUGGCUCGCUACACCUGGAUAUCAUUUAACAUUGGCAAAUUUUGUGACCAGAUCAACUCGCAACUACGCAAACUGACCUCGAUUGUAUCGCAGAUCAACUUUAUACGCUUGGACUUACGUAAUCGGAUUGAGCAGAUCAGAGGCUAUAAUUUGUUCAAUUUGGACGACGAAAUAGAAAAGCGAAUGGAGUCUGUUAUGCCUGUUUCACAGACGCAGAGCAUCAAUGAAUCCGUCAAAUCCUCGGCCGCGCGCACAUUUAAGUCCACCACGGGAGAGAAUAUCACCAUUUUGCAGGCCCCAGAGGAGCGCGAUGAGCAGAAGAAGCAGGAGGAGUUCGCUUGCGGCACUGGAGUCUAUGAAUGCCAGGGUUACUUUGAACUUUUGGAGGCAUCGCGUAAUCGCAAAGCCGCGCAAAUGAAACAACUUUAUGAUUCUUUGGGACCUGUGCUUAUCAAGCUGGAAAGUCUUGUCCUGGGUACAUUUACGGGCAGAUCGGAAAAGAUGCGUAACUACUAUGAGUUUUGGGAGGAGGAGACAUACAAAUGCAUUAUCGACAUGACCUAUGAGAAUCUUAAAUGUUAUAUCAACCGUCUGCUGUCGACCGAACCCAUGUUUGAAGUCAGUGCUGUCCUGUUGAUGUCUGAAAUCGUACUGGAGCCUUCGUCAAAUGAACUACAGAACGUAAUGGUGACAGCAGCCAAGGAUUUUGUGACACGCUUGAAAUUGUUUACCCGUUGGAUGAGCGGCACUUGCCUCAACUGUCCACUAAUUGAUGCAGGUGCUCAAUGGAAAUAUAAUUACACUUUCUACGAAGAUGUAGUGAACAUUAAAGACGUUGUCAAUCUCAUCGUCCACAUUCACGAAUUGGCUUCAAAAAUUGUAACGGAAGCCAAAGCUUUUGUUGUGCAAUUCCGCAAGUACUUCAAUCUGUGGGCCUUCGAGAAGGAUGUAAUAUGCCAGAAGUUUGUCGAGCGCCAAGUGACGCUGGUCGAAAUCGAUGAGAAAUUUACAUUUUACUCGACCAUUGUGACCACUCUGCAGCAAAUGCGCAAAUAUCACACAGUCCGAUGUGUACGCAUUAAUUUAAGCCCAUUGCUGGAGAGCAUCAUACAACAUGCCAAGGAAUGGUGCACCAUAUUGGGCGAGGAACUGUUGAGGUUUGUCAACGACAACAUGAGGUCCAUGCGUAAUGAAAUCAAAACGCUGAGCCAGAAUCUUAAUAAAACCACACGUGAACUGGAGGACUUUAAGCUGGUCAUGCAAACAAUUGCGACCAUUCAAUCGACAACGUUGACAAAUGAGCAGAAGAUACAUGAAAUGCAGGAGACAUUCACAGUGCUAAGUGAACAUAAAAUAAUGUUCUCAUACGAGGACAUGCUGAUGGCCCAUCAUCUGGAGAAGCGCUGGAAGCGUCUAUUUCUGUCGGCUCUGUAUCGCUCGGAGAAGCUACAACCAAUUAAGCAAAAAUUUGCCGACUUGACUUCCGGGGAAAUCGAAGUAUUCUGGACUGAUCUGGAGGAUUUCAUCAAGGACUGGGAUGAGAACGGGCCGGGCUCUGUUGGUGCGGAGCUGGAGCGCGGAGUACGCUUAAUGGAUCCGUAUAGUCAUAAAAUUGCAGAGCGAGAGCUAAGACGCCAAGAGCUGGCCAAUGCUGAGCGUCUGUUUGAUAUGCCAAUGGUCGAUUAUAACGAGUUCGCCCGAGUCCAAGCCGAGUUCGAGGGAUUACAGCAAAUCUACAAACUGUACAGAUCACAAAAGAAUGGCCGUGAAGUCUGGGCCAAAACCUUGUGGGUCGAUUUGGAUCCCACUUUCCUAACCGAGGGCGUUGAGAGCUAUCUGAAAGAAUUCCGAAAAAUGCCCAAAGCGGUGCGCACAUUGCCCACUGGCGUGCAACUCGAGAUUCACAUGAAACAGUUCAAGGCCACCGUGCCACUGAUGGUUAGCCUCAAGAACGAGGCACUGCGAGAGCGUCAUUGGCAUCAGCUGAUGGAGAAGACGGGACAGUACUUUGAUAUGUCGCCAGCGAGGUUUACGCUAGAGAAUAUGUUUGCCAUGCAGUUGCACAAGUAUCAGGACAUUGCCGAGCAGAUCCUCACAAAUGCCAUCAAGGAGCUGCAAAUUGAGCGUGGCGUACGCGCUGUUGAGGAAACCUGGGGAGGCAUGACCUUCAAGGUUGUCAAGCACUUCAAGGGCAUGGAAGAUCGUGGCUGGAUAUUGGGACCAGUAGAUGAAAUAACUCAGGUGCUGGAGGAUAAUGCCAUGAGCCUGCAAUCAAUGGGUGCGAGUCAAUUUAUUGGCCCCUUUCUGGAAACAGUUAACAGAUGGGAACGCGCUCUAGCAAUGAUCUCUGAGAUCAUUGACGAGUGGCUUGUUGUGCAGCGCAAGUGGCUUUACUUGGAGGGCAUCUUCAUUGGCGGCGACAUACGCACCCAGCUGCCGGAGGAGGCGCGAAAAUUUGACGACAUUGACAAGUCGUAUCGCAGGAUCAUGGUCGAUUGUGCCAAAAAUCCGUUAGUGGUGCCAUUUUGUGCAGUGCCGGGACGUUUAUUGGAUAUACAAAGUCUGGGGAUUGGCUUGGAAAAUUGUCAGAAGUCGUUAAACGAAUAUUUGGACUCGAAACGUCGCAUUUUCCCGCGCUUCUAUUUCAUAUCCACCGAUGAGUUGCUCUCGAUUUUGGGCAGCAGUGAGCCAUCUGCAGUGCAGAACCACAUCAUUAAGAUGUACGACAAUGUCAAGUCUCUGCGUCUGGUCAAGGAGGGAAGCCACACACUUGUUACCGCCAUGAUAUCCAGCGAGGGCGAGGUUAUGGAGUUUCGUAAUAUCUUACGGGCCCAGGGUCGAGUCGAGCAUUGGAUGAACGAUGUGCUGGAUGAAAUGCGUCGCGCAAAUCGCUACAUAACCAAGACCUGCGUCUACGACUUUGGCACCGAUCUGGUAAUUUCAAGGCCGGACUGGUUAAUGAACUACCAGGGCAUGGUCGGGCUGGCGGCAAGUCAAGUCUGGUGGACGGCCGAGGUGGAGGAGGCAUUCGACCAGGCCCAGAAUCAUGGUAACAUGCGUGCCAUGAAGGAUUUCCUAAACAAGAGCAACUAUCAAAUAGAGGAGCUGGUGCUGAAGGUGCGCUCCAAUCUCUCACGGAAUGAUCGACUGAAGUUCAAGGCAAUCUGCACCAUUGAUGUCCAUGCUCGGGACAUUAUCGAUAACUUUGUGAGGGACAAUGUACUCGACUCCAGCGAGUUCAGCUGGGAAAGUCAGCUGCGCUUCUAUUGGGUCAAAUUCUAUGACAACCUCCAUGUCAUUCAAUGCUCGGGCAGCUUCGACUAUGGCUAUGAGUACAUGGGCCUAAAUGGACGUUUGGUCAUCACUCCACUGACUGAUCGUAUUUAUCUGACCAUCACCCAGGCGUUGCUAAUGAAUCUGGGUGGCGCCCCAGCCGGACCAGCGGGAACAGGUAAGACCGAAACGGUCAAGGAUCUGGCCAAGGCAAUGGGCUUGCUCUGCAUGGUCACCAACUGUGGUGAGGGAAUGGACUUCAGGGCUGUAGGCACGAUCCUGUCCGGCUUGGUGCAGUGUGGCGCCUGGGGAUGCUUCGAUGAGUUCAAUCGCAUUGAUAUAUCUGUGCUCAGUGUCAUCUCCACUCAGCUGCAAACCAUUCGCAAUGGAUUAAUUCGCAAACUGAAGCGUUUUGUGUUUGAAGGCGUUGAGAUCAGUCUGGAUCCAAAGGUUGGCGUCUUUGUCACCAUGAAUCCUGGCUACGCUGGACGCACCGAGUUGCCCGAGUCGGUGAAGGCCUUGUUCCGGCCUGUCACCUGCAUUAAGCCCGAUCUGGAGCUUAUCUGCCUCAUCUCGCUGUUCUCUGAUGGUUUCCUAACGGCCAAGGUGCUGGCCAAGAAGAUGACGGUGCUGUAUGCUCUGGCCCAGGAGCAGCUUUCCAAGCAGUGCCAUUACGAUUGGGGAUUACGCUCCCUCAACUCCGUGCUGAGAAUGGCGGGCGUGAUGAAGCGUCAGUCGGAUGAUCUGCCCGAGGCAGUUGUCUUGAUGCGAGUGCUCCGUGACAUGAACUUUCCCAAAUUCAUAUUUGAAGAUGUGCCUCUGUUCUUGGGUCUUAUUAAAGAUCUGUUUCCGGGCAUCGAUUGUCCACGCAUCGGUUAUCCAGACUUUAAUGCGGCUGUGCGUCAUGUCCUUGUCAACGAUGGAUACAUCCUGCUGCCCGAUCAGGAAGACAAAGUGGUGCAAAUGUACGAGACCAUGAUGACCCGACACUCGACCAUGCUUGUGGGUCCAACAGGUGGUGGCAAAACUGUCGUCAUAAAUGCUCUGAUCAAAGCGCAAACCCACAUGAGCUUGCCCACCAAGUGCACUGUGCUUAACCCCAAGGCAUGCUCAGUCAUUGAGUUGUAUGGAUAUUUGGAUAUGGAAACUCGAGAUUGGAUCGAUGGUUUAUUUUCAAAUAUAUUCCGUGAAAUGAAUAGGCCAUUAGAGCGUGAGGAGCGACGCUAUGCCUGCUUUGAUGGUGACGUCGAUGCACUAUGGAUUGAGAACAUGAACUCUGUUAUGGAUGACAACAAGUUGCUGACAUUAGCGAAUGGCGAGCGCAUACGACUCGAGAACUAUUGUGCUCUUCUCUUUGAGGUCGGUAAUUUGUAUUAUGCCUCGCCAGCAACCGUAUCCCGUGCCGGCAUGGUCUAUGUGGAUCCUAAGAAUCUCCGUUACAGUCCAUACUGGCAGCGUUGGGUGUUGACUCGGCCGGAGUCGCAACGGGAGAUGCUCAAUGAUUUCUUUGAAAAGAUAAUCACAAAUGCCAUAGCGUUCAUAUUAGAGGGCUUAGAUGGUACCACACAAGGCAAUCCCCUUAAAAUGGUCAUCAUGCAAACGGAUCUGAAUAUGGUGACACAAUUCUGCAAUCUCUACGAUGCUCUGUUGCCCACAUAUGGUCCACCCGACAAUAAGAACACGGAUGAGCCUGUCCUGAAGGUCUACAACACGGAUAGCUUGGAGUGCUGCUUUCUGCAAGCCGUUUAUGGAUCCCUGGGCGCCUGUUUGCUAGAAAAGCAUCAGGUCAUAUUCGAUGAGUAUAUGAAACGGAUUGCAGGCUUUCCUCUAGUUCAGGACACGCGUGAGUCACCAGCUUCGGGUGGACAAUUUCCACAGGGAAAGCCUACACUCUACGACUAUUUCUGGGACAUCAACGAGAACUGUUGGUUGGCUUGGGAGUGGGUUGUCAAGCCUUAUACCCAUGACCCGGAUGUGAAAUUCAGCGAGAUUCUCGUACCCACUGUCGACAAUACGCGCACCAAUCGGCUACUAUCCCUCAUGAGCGAAAUCAAACGACCCGUCCUUCUUGUUGGUGAGGCUGGCACAUCAAAGACUGCAACCAUCAUGCAAUAUUUGCGUAAUCUCAAUCCCACUGUCAAUAUCAUACUCAAUAUAAAUUUCUCAUCAAGAACUUCAUCACUGGAUGUGCAGCGAACGUUGGAGGCUGCGGUCGAGAAACGCACCAAGGAUACGUACGGGCCACCGAUGGGAAAGAAAAUUGCCUGCUUUAUUGAUGACAUGAACAUGCCGCAGGUGGAUGAUUAUGGCACACAACAGCCCAUUGCCCUGUUGAAGCUGUUCUUUGAGCGGGGCGGCAUGUUUGACCGUGACAAGGAUCUCAACUGGAAGAAGUUUAAGGAUAUGACAUUCUAUGCUGCCAUGGGCACUGCAGGCGGUGGUCGCAAUGAAGUCGAUCCACGUUUUAUCAGCAUGUUCUCCACCUACAACAUCGUUUUUCCCAACGACGAGUCUCUCAUUCAAAUCUAUUCAUCCAUCUUUAAGGGUCAUCUCAAUUAUACCAAAUUCCAACAGCGAUUCAUGAUGAUUGCCGACAUUAUUGUCGUUAUGACACUCAAGUUAUUCAAGUUGGUCAUUGUGGAUCUGCCGCCGACACCUUCGAAGUUCCAUUACAUUUUCAAUCUGAAGGAUCUGUCGCGUAUCUUUGCGGGCAUGCUCUUGAUUCUGCCGGACAACUACAAGGAUCUACGUGAGUUCAUCCGUGUGUGGCGCAAUGAAUUCACCCGAAUUAUAUGCGAUCGUCUAAUUUCACAGACGGACAUUAAAAAUGUGAAUCGCUACCUGGAAGUAGAGGUGGCGGAACGUUUUCCACCUCAAUUUGAAGAAGAGCAUGGUUUCAUCGACUUGGAGGCGGCAGCUGCAGAAGCUCAGGCCCGAUUGCUAUAUGAGGCCUAUGGUGACGACGCAGCCGCUGCUGGAAACGAGGAGGAAGGCGAAGAGGAAGAGGAUGAGCUGGAGGGUCCCGAAACAGUGCUAUCGCUUAAAGACUAUGUGCUUCGUGAUCCUUUAGUUUUUGGCGAUUUCCGCAAUUUUACCAACGAAUCGGAGCCGCGUAAUUAUGAGGAUCUUGUAGAUUACAAUGCGGUCUACCAUUUAUUCACCGAAAUCCUGGACGAGUAUUGUGAACGUAAACAAAAAAUGACCCUAGUGCUUUUUGAAGAUUGUUUAGAGCAUCUAACGAGGGUGCAUCGAACACUUCGCAUGAAUCGUGGUCAUGUCUUGCUCAUCGGAGUCGGCGGUUGUGGCAAGAAGUGUGUUACUCGCCUCGCAUCCUUCGCUGCUGAGUGUGAGGUAUUCGAGAUCACCAUAUCUCGCGGCUACAAUGAGACCUCCUUCCGCGAGGACCUCAAGGUAUUGUACAACAUAGCUGGAGUUAAGCGCAAGAAGGUUGUCUUUUUGUUUACAGCCGCACAGGUGGCCGAGGAGGGAUUCUUGGAGCUGAUCAACAACAUUCUGACAGUGGGACAAGUGCCUGCGUUAUUUGCAGAUGAGGAUAAAGAUGGCAUCGUCAAUCAAGUGCGUAAAUUUGCCGAAGAGGAAGGCUUAUCUGCUUCCAAGGACUCUGUUUGGGGGUACUUCCUGCGCACCUGUGCUGAGAAUCUUCACGUUGUUCUGUGCAUGUCACCCGCUGGAGAUGCUCUGCGCAAUCGCUGCCGCAGUUUUCCUGGUCUUAUUGGCAGCACAUACAUUGAUUGGGUAUUCCCUUGGCCAAAGCAGGCUCUUUAUGCCGUCGCCAAACUCUUCCUGACUGAGCACGCCAUGAUCCCAGCUCUGCAUCGUGAGGCAAUCAUCGAGCAUGUGGUCCAUGUGCACAUGACAAUUCAGGACUACUCAAGGGAAUAUCAGGCCAAACUUAGACGCAGCAAUUUUGUGACUCCCAAGCAUUACUUGGACUACAUCAACACAUAUCUCGGAUUGCUGGAGGAGAAGCACAAACAUAUAACCCAGCAGAGGGAACGACUUGGCGAGGGCAUCAAGAAAAUCGAAGAGGCUUCGGUGCAAAUUGAUGAACUGCGUAUCAUAGUGACAGAGCAAAAGAAAAACGUGGCUGUUGCAUCGGAGGAGUGCGAGGCAAUGUUGGUUACCAUUGAGUCAUCCACACUAAAGGCAAACACCAAGAAGGCUGAAGCAUCGGAGAAAUCUGUGGAGGUUGAAAUCAAAGGCAAACAAAUCGCUAUUGAAAAGGAGGAGGCUGAAGAGAUUCUGGCCGAUGCCAUGCCAGCCUUGGAGGAAGCUCGACGUGCACUUUCCGAGCUAGAAAAGGCACAGAUUACUGAAAUCCGUUCCUUUGCCACGCCCCCUGCCGCUGUGCAGGUUGUUUGCGAGUGCGUGGCCAUAUUGAAGGGCAUCAAGGAAAUCAGUUGGAAGAGCGCCAAAGGAAUGAUGAGCGAUGUGAAUUUCCUCAAGAGUUUAAUGGAAAUGGACUGCGAGGCGCUCACACAAAAGCAAAUCACGUCCUGUCGCAAUCACAUGAAAACUCAGAACUUGGAUGACAUGGGAAAGAUCUCGAUAGCUGGCGCUGGUCUCUUAAAGUUCGUCAAAGCCGUACUCGGAUUCUUUGACGUCUACAAGGAGGUCAAGCCCAAGAAGGAACGUCUGGAUUUCUUGGUCGAAGAGCAGGAAGUUCAAAUUAAACUGCUGAGUCAUUUGAAUUCUGAGAUCCAAAAGUUGGAAGAGAAGUUGGAUCAGCUCAAUCAGGACUAUGCCGUGUCCAUGAGGCAAAUGAGAGCCUUGACCGAGAUGAUGCAACAGGCUGAACGACGUUUGAUUGCCUCCGAUAAAUUGAUAAGCGGCUUAACCUCCGAGCUAAUUCGAUGGAGCAAGGAGAUGGCCAGCUUGGGCCAACAGCUGAUCGACAGCGUUGGGCUUUGCCUAAUCAGUGCUUCGUUUUUGGCCUACACCGGCGCCUUCACUUGGGAGUUCCGCAAGGCAAUGGUCUUCGAUGACUGGCUGGAGGAUAUUAUCGCUCUGGGAAUUCCAGUCAAGCUGCCCUUCAAGAUUGAUGUCAGCUUGACCAACGAUGUGGAGAUCUCGCAGUGGUCCAAUGAGGGCCUGCCUCCCGAUGAGCUCUCCCUGCAGAAUGGUAUUCUCACCAUGCGCGCUUCCCGCUUUCCCCUCUGCAUAGAUCCACAGCUGCAGGCUCUGAUGUGGAUACGUAAGAAGGAAUAUAGGAAUAAUCUGAAGGUGCUGUCCUUUAGCGACGCGGACUUCCUUAAGCAGCUGGAAAUGGCGAUAAUGUAUGGAUUGCCAGUCCUAUUCGAAGAUGUGGAUGACUAUAUAGAUCCAGUAAUUGAUGAUGUCCUACAGAAGAACAUUCGUGUGCAAGGCGGUCGCAAGUUUACCAUGUUGGGCGAUAAGGAAGUCGACUGGGAUCACAAAUUUCGACUUUAUUUAACGACAAAGUUCUCGAAUCCCAAGUUCGAUCCGGCUGUUUAUGCCAAGGCCUUGGUUAUCAACUACACAGUUACCCAGACGGGUCUGGAGGAUCAGCUGCUCAGCGUUGUCGUCGGCACAGAGCGUCCCGAUCUGGAGCAGCAACGCGAAUCCUUGAUAGCACAGACCAGCGAGAACAAACAGUUACUCCAGCAGCUGGAGGAUUCACUACUGCGCGAGUUGGCUACUUCAACGGGCAACAUGCUGGACAACGUCGAGCUGAUAGAGACGCUGGAAAAUACCAAGUCGAAGGCUGGCCUCGUCAUGGAGCAGCUCAAGCUGGCAAGUGACACUGCUGCCGACAUCGAAAUCCUGCGUAACGGAUAUCGAGGAGCGGCCAAGAGAGGCGCCGUCCUCUUCUUUGCCCUCGCGGACAUGGCCACCGUCAACAGCAUGUAUCAGUAUGCCUUGGCAGCGUAUCUGGAACUCUUUGUCUACUCCCUGCGCAAAGCCGUGCCGGACACGGUGUUGGCCAAGCGACUGAACAACAUCAUUAAGACGUUAACUGAGAAUGUCUACAGUUAUGGCUGCACGGGAAUCUUUGAGCGUCACAAGCUACUCUUCUCCUUCCAGAUAGCCACAAAGCUGGCCCAACGAGAAGGGGUGUUAUCCCAACAGGAAAUCGACUUUUUCAUCAAGGGCAGCAUCGCGUUGACGAAGAGCGAACGAUCCAAUCCCACCAAAUGGUUGCCGGAGAAAAGCUGGGAGGAUCUGCUGAAGCUGGCUUUGGACUUUCCCGACUCGUUUGGCACUUUGCCUGAUCACUUCAGCCGUUUCUUGGAUGAGUGGAAAGAGUGGUUCGACUUGGAGAAUCCCGAAGAGGUGGAAUGCCCGGGCAGCUAUAACGUCAAUUGCAAUGCAUUCCAGAAAUUGUUGUUCCUUCGCUGUUUCCGUGUGGAUCGAAUUUUCCGUUGCAUAAAUCAAUACAUUGUCGAGACAAUGGAUGAAUUCUUCAUUAUGCCACCCGUUGUGAGCUUCUCGGGAAUUUAUGAGCAAACAACUUCCUCGAUUCCCGUUUGCUUUAUCCUCAGCGCCGGCUCAGAUCCCACCAAUGAUCUGAUUAAGCUUGCUGAUAUUAUCAUGGGAGGCAUGUCCAAUUUCUGUCACAUUUCGUUGGGCCAGGGGCAGGAAAAGACCGCCCUGAGUAUGCUGGAAACUGCCCUUAGACAGGGUCAAUGGUUGAUGCUGCAGAAUGGUCAUUUGCUGGUCAAAUUUGUACGCGAAUUGGAAAAGUAUUUGGAUAAAAUUGAAAAUCCCCAUCCAGACUUUAGAUUGUGGAUUACCACUGAUCCAACGCCGUCCUUCCCAAUUGGCAUACUUCAAAAGUCCUUAAAGGUGGUUACUGAGCCACCCAAUGGCUUGAAGCUGAAUCUUCGCUCGACAUAUUUCAAGGUGCGGCAGGAUCGUCUGGAAGCGUGCUCACAUCGCGCCUAUCGUUCCUUAAUCUAUGUCCUUGCCUUCUUCCAUGCGGUUGUGCAAGAGCGUCGCAAAUACGAUAAACUUGGCUGGAACAUAGCAUACGAUUUCAACGAUACGGACUUUGAGGUUUGCAAUGAAAUUCUGCGCAACUAUUUGAGUCGCUGCGCCGAGGACAAGAUACCCUGGAACAGUCUCAAAUAUCUUAUUGGUGAGGUUAUGUAUGGUGGUCGAGUGAUCGACGAUUUCGAUAGACGUAUUACCAACUGCUACAUGAAUGAAUAUAUGGGAGAUUUCCUGUUCGAUGCCUUCCAAUCGUUCCACUUCUACGAGGACGAGAACGUCGACUAUUGCCUGCCCGACGAGGAGAUCAUUUUAAAGGAGGACUACGUAGCUCACAUUGACAAACUGCCGCUGGUCAAUAAGCCGGAUGUAUUUGGUCUGCAUCCAAACGCGGAAAUCGGUUAUUACACAAUGGCUGCGCGCAACAUUUGGAACAGUCUGAUUGAGUUGCAGCCACAAACUGGUGAGGGCACGGGCGGCAUCAGUCGGGAUGACUUCAUCGACCAGGUGGCUGCGGGAAUACUGAAGAAACUACCUCCGGCAUUUGAGACGUGGCGCAUACGAAAGCAAAUCCAGAUGAGUCUGUCACCCACCGGAGUGGUGCUGCUGCAGGAGCUGGAUCGGUUUAAUGCGCUGGUGGUGCGCAUGAAGAAAACGCUGGAGCUGCUCCGCAAGGCCAUCGCCGGCGAAAUCGGCAUGGACAAUGUGCUGGACAAUGUUGCCAACUCGUUAUUUAAUGGCCUCCUGCCAGUGGUGUGGAGCAAACUGGCGCCGGCCACAUGCAAACAGUUGGCUAGCUGGCUGGAGCACUUAAAGAAUCGCGCCGUUCAGUACAAGUAUUGGUCGCUGUCGGGCGAGCCGUUGGUCAUGUGGCUGUCUGGAUUGCAUAUACCACAGAGCUACCUUACGGCCCUAGUCCAGAUUGCCUGCCGCAAGAACGCCUGGCCUCUGGAUCGUUCCACGCUGUUCACGUAUGUGACCACCUACUCGGAACCCGAUGACGUUGAACAGCGCCCAGAGACGGGCUGCUAUGUGCAUGGUCUGUAUAUAGAGGGCGCACGCUUUGACAUGCCGACUAAUCAGCUGAUGCGCUCGCAUCCCAAAGUUCUGGUCGAGGAGCUGGCCAUUCUGGCCGUAGUGCCCAUUGAAGCACAUCGGCUUAAGCUACAGAACACCUUCCUGGCGCCUGUUUAUACCACAUCGCUGCGUCGCAAUGCCAUGGGCGUGGGUCUAGUUUUUGAGGCUAAUUUGGCAACCUCGGAGGAUCUGAGCCAUUGGAUAUUGCAGGGUGUGUGCUUGACACUAAACACGGAUACAUAGAAACGAGUGUUGGCAUUUUUACAAGAUUUAAUUUAUCGCUUUCAAUAUCUGUAAUAUUAGAUCUGGUAUUGGCAAUUAUAUAUAUGUAUAUAUCGUA